CUGAAUGCAGGCCUGAUGGCUGUACGGAGCUGAGGUCCACCAUGACCCCGGGAAAGAGGCCCCCUGCAGACUGCUAAUUAUCUGGUGAUGUGCAGCAUCUACAGGAUGAUUGACAGCUGCUCCUCCUGAACCCAAGAAUGCCUGUGGUGCCAGUGGGUGGGACAUCCUCCUCCCACCAAGUCGUACCUGUUGCCCUCACCUGCCCGUGGCUGCUUCUUCUCUUCCAGACCGUCUUUGGUCAGAAACCUGCCAAGCUGCCCUUGAUCAACCGGAAGCCCUUCAUUGCAGCCUGGAACGCCCCCCUGGACAUGUGCACCAUCAAGUACAAUGUCACCACCAACCUUGACCGUCUUUUCCACAUCCACGGGAGCCCACGUGCUGGCUGGACAGGACAGAAUGUCACCAUUUUCUAUGCCAACCGGCUGGGCUACUACCCUUACUACACCCCGCAGGGCGACCCCGUGCAUGGCGGCCUGCCGCAAAACUGCAGCCUGGACAUGCACUUGCUGAAAGCCUACCAGGACAUCAACCACUUCAUUCCUGCAGAGGACUUCCGGGGCCUGGCUGUCAUCGACUGGGAGUACUGGCGGCCUCAGUGGAGCCGUAACUGGCACAAAAAGGACAUCUACCGACAAAAGUCCCGGGAACUGACCGCCAAGGUGUAUGUGAAUGUGACAGCGGCACAGGUGGAGGAGCUGGCACGGCGGCGAUUUGAGAAAAGUGCCAGGGCAUUCAUGCAGAGGACUAUUCAGCUGGGAACACGUCUUCGCCCCAACGGGCUCUGGGGUUUCUACCUCUACCCUGACUGCCACAACUACAACAUGCAUGAUCAGAACUACACAGGCUUCUGCCCCCUGGUGGAGAGCAUGAGGAACGACGAGCUGGUGUGGCUGUGGAACAGCAGCACAGCGCUCUUUCCCUCUGUGGCAAUCAGGAAAAGUCACACAAACAGUAUCAGCAACCUGCACUUCUCCCAGCACAGGAUCAGAGAAUCACUCCGUGUGGCCUCGCUGACUUCGAAGGAAUAUGACCUCCCCACAUACGUGUACCUGAGGCUGGGAUACCGGGACGAGGCCAUGGCCUUCCUCACCUCAAAAGACUUGAUCCACACCAUCGGGGAGAGUGCUGCUCUGGGUGCUGCGGGAUUUGUCAUUUGGGGCGACCUGAACUUGACCUCAUCCAGGUCUAACUGCUCCAAAGUGAAGACAUUCCUGAGGUACCGCCUGGGUAAGUACAUCAUGAACGUGACGCGAGCUGCUGAGGUGUGCAGCGACUUCUUGUGCCAGGGCAACGGCCGCUGUGUCCGACGGGACCCCCGCGCCCGCCAUUAUCUACACCUGAGCGCCAAAAGUUACAAAAUCAGUUCCUCUAGCAGCGGGGACUUCACUGUCACCGGGUGGCACUCUCAACACGACCUGCAGCUGCUGACUGAGAGGUUUCACUGCCACUGCUAUGAAGGUCACGAGGGCGAAACCUGCGAAAGCAUCAACAAAGUGAAGGAGGACGAUGGGCCGUGGAGGGAGGGGGAGGAGGACGAGCAGGAGAGGAAGAGGACAGAGUGGGAGUACGAGCAGGAUGAACAACUGGAAGUAGGGAAGAGUGCAGCGCCCCUAGGUGGCUUCAGCCUUCACCUCAUGUUGGUGCUGCUCCUGUGGAACUUAGCGUUGGUAAAGACAGUCGUAUGAUGCACGCUGACAAAAGGAGAAGUCAUUUUUCAACAGUAGCUAUAGAUGUUACUUUUCCAUGAACAAGAUGUCUGCCCAAGUAAGUGAGGACAUGACAAAGUACUAAUUCAGCCUCAUCAUUUAGUCUUUAAAAUGUCAAACAACACUAAAUAUUUUCAGUCCAAAGACUCAAUUCCUCAGAUUUAUUUCUAACAAUGUCAAAACUAGUUGUGUAUAGUGAGGCUGCAUGCUAACAUGCUAAGAAUAACAACGUCAACAGUUAACAUUUGCUAUAUUAGUCAGUUUUGCAGGCAUUUGGUCAUGAAACAAAGUAUUGAACAAAAGCAAAAUUCUACCUGUUGAUGGCGCUAGUUGAAAAAUUAAGGGAUCACCAAAGUCAUCCUAAUGAGGGACAUGAAAAUCUGGACUAUAUUUCUUAGCAAAACAUGCAAAAGCUGUUAAGAUUUUUCACUAAAAGUCAGACACAUAAAACCUAAAAGGCGUUACCUAAAAAUCAGGGAUCACCAAAGUCAUUAGGAUUUAUCAUAUAGGGACCGUGAAUGUCUGCACAUAACUUAAAGGCAAAUAAUCAUGUAGCCCGUAGUAUCUGCCCCAAACCAAACUAAUGGGAUGUUGGCUGUGGCUUUGUAUAUACCAUACAGGCAUGACUGUGAUUUCAGUCUUCUAACUCUGUGAAAAAGUGUAUUUCUGAAAUGUAAUAAGAGUUUCUUUAAUGCUCAGCCAAAGUUGCUGCUGAGUGCAGGAGAAACAUUUUAAAGUAAUGGUGGUUUGUGUGAAAUGAAUGUGCUGUGUUGAAAAAAAAAAAAACACUUCCUUAUUAAGAAGUGUGAUGGCACAGAGGUUUGGUAUGUUGACAGAUGAAGGUUUGGUUGAUUGUAUCACUGUUCAACUUGGGAAACAAUCACCUGAAUGUUGCCGCAGUUUCUGCAACAACCUGCGCUUCAUCUUUAGCCCACAUCUGCAUCAGCUUUUCAAGGAAUGUUAAUUAGUAGAUGUAUAAAUAUAGAGUUGUGAGUCACCUUCAGCAAAAUAAAUGUUUGACAUGAUGAUUCAGCGUCACUGCAGAGCAGAGGAUCGGAUCAAAGUUCACGUUUUUUACUUUGAUAUAACUUUGCGAGGCAGCUGGAUUUCUCGCAAAAUCCAUGUUAUUCAGAACCACAGUGGUUCGUACCAAUCGGCAUCCUAUGAGGGAGGAACUACAGGCAUGUCUUAGGUGUGUGGCAAUAGCAUAAAACAACUGUUUAUUAACAACAAUGGCAACUCCAAAAGGGGUUAGCCUAUGCUGCUAUAGCAUUAGUUAUAUAAGAGUUUGAGAGUAUUUCUUCAUUGAAAGAUGAGCAAGGAAGGGCACUGAGGGUUUUUGCGAUGAAUCUGACAAGACUCAGUAACCGUGAUAGACAGUGAAAGACAGAUGAUUCAUCCAAUCACCUGCCAAGAACUACUUGAAAGUGUUGCAUGUUCUUUUCCAAACAAAUUCCCAAUGAAGCCUUCUCACAUGAUUCUGUGUAAACAACCAUUUGAUGCUCCCGUUUUUAAAUGGUUCACAGUAAAAUCUGGCUUACUGCAGGAAGAGCAUCUUGUUUGCCUCUAAGAGGAAACUAAAGGGUUGUAUGCUGCACUCAAUCCUAUGUGGAAAGAUAAUAACUAAGGUCUGACGCUUUGCUUGUUGUAUUUUUGACAUUUAUUUCUGAUAUGAAACCUGUUUAUUUCCUCAACAAUAAGCUGUUAUUUCACUUGUUAUUACAUACAUAUAUUGUUUAAGUACUGUUGCUUACCCUAUACUCUUGAAGUACUCUGGUGAGGAAACGCCACAUAUUUGAGCCUGUGUGGGACAUGGCGUGCAUUUGUUAUGGGUGCUAUUAAUCAAUAUAACUUCAUUUUUGUUGGGUUUAUUCCUCAAAACCAAGAUAUUGUGCAGAAGUUACUAUAUCAAAGUCUGGAAGAAUCUGAUCCACAGGUUGGGUUAAGUUUUGGAUUUUAUUUCAUCUCAAUGUGGCUCACAGACGGCUUCUGUCUCUGGAGCUGGGGGACAGUAGGUAAGAGGAAAUAUUGUACAGGAUGUAAAAUAUGGCACAAUAUCUGAAUACAUGACUCAAUGGUUUUCAAGAUGUGUAUGGUCAAUGCCUACUUCUUAAAGUAGAGCAAUACAUUAAAAGUCCUGCUAGUGAACAACAGAACACAUGUGAGGGAUCUUUAUCGAUGUGAAAACUCUAUUAUUUUAGUAUUAUUAAUUCUUAUUAAAGCUGACAAGGACCUAACCUGAACACAUCUGAGUCCAGAGAAAAAGGUUCUUCCUGGUUUGUUGAUGGCUCCAGUUUAAAACUCUUGGUCUGUCUCUGUGAACUGUGAAACCUGGUGAUUUAACUGCUCUAGUCAAAACAGCCAUUCACUAUUUCACUUCAUCACCACACUUGUCUCAAGGGCUGCAGUCAGCAUUUACCUGUGGCAGCCUGCACACAAGAAGCACAGCAAUCUGCUGACAAAAGAUUUGAGAGCAAAUGACAGACAGUAGUCUGUUGCUCAAAUGCUAAAGUGAGCAGUUGUUUACUUGACAAGGACCUUCUGUUGUGUGGAUUAUGAUUUGUGCCUGUUGGGUCAUUGUCAGAAUGUGUGUGAGUGGCAUUGAGUUAUAGUGCCACAAAAAUUCAUGAAAAAAAACAAGAACUCUACUAUGUAUGGUUUGAGUGGAUUAGAAUAAAAUAAGUGCAGCUCCCAAACAUCUAAAUAGAAAAUAGGAUGCUAUUACUACAUUUCCCAGCUUGCAUUCCACCACUGUAAAUGUGUGUUCACACACUUGUGGAGUGUAUUUUAGAGGCAGCAUGAUUCAUGAUAGAAUGUCAAUGGAAAGACACAAUUAGAUGCACAUUUUCCACAAAGACAAGAGGAAGAAGAGAGACUGUGGUGCCAAUACUGCACAGCGUUUCACAAAGCACCUCCAUGCAUUAGAAAUAGUUGCCAUGCUCAGCUCUAUGUUAAAAAGAAGGCUGAGGUAGAUGUUAGAGUGUAGUAUUGAGAUACUUUCCAUGAUCAAAAUUGUGUCUCUAAAGCAAUAGUAAUAGCGCUCUCUAUAGGUACAUGUGGUGAUUUAUUUAGUUGGGCUCCAGCGAUUGAUAGUUGACUGGAGCCCUGAACAGUGGAUAUUACCCAUAUUGCUGAACCAGAAGAGCUGCUGCUGUAACAAAUCCACCAAACGCUGUUUAUGAUCCUUCAUAUUUUAAAAGUUUCCUGGCUGAAUAGUGGAAAUAGUGUGUUUUUGAAUGACUCUGUUUUAACUGAUCUAGAGUUCUGCAAUCCUCAGUUCAUACUGGAAUUAAUUCUGGCAGUUGAAGUUUCAACUAUCAGUCUGUUAAACACUUCUUAAAGGAGAUCGUACUCACUCACCAAAGUUACAUAGAGCAAGAACAGAUGUUCAGGGUGAAGACUGGGACUGAAACGGGAAACAUUCUCUCUAUUCCAACUCAGUCAACCAUCAAACUCAUUUGAAAUGGCUAUUGUAAGGUUAAGAAAAAGUUGCAGAGUGGUGCUUUAACUCAGUUCUUGCCUUGUAAAACAUCUGGUGUCUUUCCAUUGACCUUACACACAAAAUUCAAUUUGCACUCAGUCAGAAAAAGUAUUAGCUGUGUCUCCAUCCAUUUUUGUCCAAUCCAAAUUGAAUCAUAGACCGCAGAUCUGAAGCAUUUAAACUCAAACCAAAUCCAGAGCAGAGGUGGACUUAAAUCCUGGUUUUGGUCAUUUCAUCCAAAAUGAAGGUUGAGUUUCUUUGAAGUGAAACAUGUAGCAGCUGACAUGACUCUCUGUGACAUUGAUCCUGGUUUAUAUUGAACCAAUAUUUUCAUCUCAAACAAGCCUCACAAACUGUUUCCUUUGCUUUUUUAGUUUUUUCCUUUAAGAUUGUAAACCAAAUAUGCAUCGAGGACUAUGCAACACAUGAAAAAUGUUACCUGAAUGUAA